UCCAAUAUGGUGGACGAAUUCAAGGUUAUUUUGUAAAAACAUUGUAAAAAACACGGUUAAAAUUUGUUUGAACCCAUACGAACUUUGGCACAAAGAUGGACAGCAAUAUUCGGAAACUUGUUCACGCAGCGUCGCAAGAUAAUGACGAGUCUGCAUUGUUUGAGGCUUACAGCAAGUUGAAGAAGGAAAGGCAAUCGUCAGAUGACAAAAUCGAUGCAGUUUCAUCGGAUCUUUUCGUAUUGUGCGCUGAAGCAGCGCAAAAGCAUUGUCAAUUUGAUGUCAUGGAUGACUGUGUAAAAAUGUUUUUUCAGAAGACUCCUCCCUCAAAUCAGUUUCUAUGUCGAGCUUAUUUGUGUCAAGCUCAGCUCAAUGCUCCAACUUCUUCUAAGAAUCCAGAGCAACUUGAUAAAGCAGUGGAAUCCCUAUUGAAGGCAAUUAAUUUUGCCAAAAAGAAUGUUAGAUACUACUUCUUGGUGUACAAUGCUUCAGUACUGUAUUGGCAGUUCUGUCGUCCUUUCCUUAAGCCCAACUAUCGCCAAUAUUUGGCUAAAAGUCUGCAUCAGGUUGUGAAAGCACUGGAUGAUAUUGAUGACAAAGAUUAUGGCUGGAGAGCUCAGCUAAUGAUUGCAUUGAUUGAAUGCCAUGUGGAUGCAGGACGUAAAGAAGAUGCCACUCAAAUCAGUAUUGCCACUUUGGCAUUCACUAAAAGUAAUGUUCCUUCAUUAUACACAACUGUACUAGGACUGCAGGUUCGUCAUCGACUGAUUGAUUUGUCAAAAGCAUCAAAAGAAGCAAGAGCUUCCAAUGAGUUGUACAUGUUCUACAAGAUCCAAAGGCUUAGAACCUUGAUUGAAGCAGAUGAAAAAGUUGACAUAGAACAAGAACUAAACAAAAUCUACAAAUCAAUAGUCAAGGGGGUGGAUGCCACAGAUCGAGCUAGUACAGCCAUGUCUACAAGUACAUCAACCAGCAAAGCCAGCUCUCCUUAUGUUGUUGGAAGUAAUGACAGGAUACCACUUCUCAUUGAGUUGGCCAGACUCUGCUUGGAGCAUGAUAGGCAUGAUUUAGCCUCAGACUGUAUUGAAAAUCUUAAAGGGGGUGUUAAGACUUCUGAGACAUUGCUGGAAAUUGAGUUCAUGAAGUGUGAGUUGAUGGUUCAGUCCCUUGGCAAAAAGAAAGAAAAUUACAGCAAAUCUGUGGUGGAGAGACGUAUUCAAGCAAUCAGAAAACUUGAACAAUGUAUAAUGACAGCUGUUAGAACCGGAAAUCCAAAUAUUAUACAGACAGGAUGUGUGACAAUGUGGAAUCUUACCCUGCCUCUUCUGCAGUCAAAUUUGCGACAUCAUGUGAGAAAGCCCCUUACCCUUGCUGCACAAGCCUUGGAAGACAUUGAUAGUUUGUUGGUUCUGUUACGAUGUCAGAUGCACACAGAACUGGCUAAAUGUGAAGAGGCUGAAGAUCAACUGGAGUAUGCUGUCACACAUCUAAGAAAGGCACUUGAACUGGAUGACUCAGGACAGUAUGGUGAUAGAUUACGCACUGCCCUGACAAGGCUACAGUUAAGAGCCACUCUUUACAAAACUCCUGAAAGGCCUGAAGAUUUGGCUGCUAUGAUUAUAGAGCAGGCGAGGGCUAGUGAUGACUCCAGCACAGUUCGUAUGAAGAGAGCUUCCUUAGUGAAGGCAGGGGAGGCGUUGUCACCGGAUGCCUUCAUGCAUGUGCUUGACAGUGAGAGUAAUACAAAGGACCCAUCUACUGGGAAAGGCUUUGGUACAGUUACUAAGAACUGAAGGAGUCCAACUGGGUGACAAACCAGUGCCACCUGAGGAUACCAUCAAGCUGCGCCCUAAGCGAUACGGUGAUCAGCUCGUCAAUUUUGAUGAUAUGCCAGAAUGGGUCUCCUAUUGCAACUGGAUUUCGUCUUUGUCGAAUGAGGUGAUUUACAGUUUCCAGCGAGCCGCUGAAAUCGGCGUAGAGCUGAAAGAGUCAUGGCUUGUUUGCAAUUCAGCUGUGUACUUGUGGAACUAUGCAACCCACAUGCUGUCACAAGGCAGACACAAGGAAGUCAUUCCCAUAUUCUCGCCUGUUUUGGAAGCAGUGAAGCUUACCGGACAUGCAGGUGAAACAAUAUUGUUGUGCCAAAUUUGUAAUGCUAUCGCACAAGGUUACAUGCAGCCGUGGAUCCCAGCUCUUCCCACCCCUCCCACAGCAUCAGCCACACCCAGUAAAGACAAGAGUGAGAAGACUGAGAAAGUAAAGGGACGCCAGAGUGGGAAAGGGGCCAAGGGAGGACAAUCAAAAGGAUCACUACAGACAGUUACGAUCGAUCCUGAAGCUACACCCGAUCUGAAACAAGCAUUAGAUGUGUUGGAGUAUGCAUUAAACACAACUAAUGGCCAAGAGCCAAAAAACCUAGUACCGAUCGGUGCUCGCCAUCCCUUAAUCACUUCCUGGGUCUUCUGUAAGCAGAUGUUGAAUCAGCAGAUGGCAAAGAAUCUUGGUCAUGAUGACGAGAAUCCCCAUAGCCAGGGCCCGAUGUGCCGUGCUCUGUGUGCAGUUGAGAUGCUGUCUCUACAGAACAAUGGCCUUCCAGAAUUCACUGGUACAUGUCCUACUCUUGCCGAGACUGUGAAAAUGGUAGAUGGCUGCCAGUGGAGUGACGGUCUGGUAGAGUUACAGAUGUGGAGCAGGCUGUCGGUGUUGGCUUUCAAUGCUGACAAUCAUUCACUAGUGCUUCACUGUGGACAGAGGGCUGUGGAAUUUGCCGACAGUGAUAAAUGCCUAGCUAAGCGACAACCCAAGAAACCAGAUAGCACAUUUCAGCACAAACUUGUGGUAGAGCAGGAGAUGUUGUAUUACGCCAGCGUUGUGAUGGGACAAAGCCUCAUGAAAAACAUGCAGGGAAAGAAUGAGAUAAGGAGAGACGCACUGGUCUGCUUUGUGAAUGCAUGCAGGUUUGGGCAAAAAGCUGGAAACUACGAUUUAGUGAUUGCUGCUGCCCGUCAUUACUGGAAUGCUAUUAAACCAUUCAUUGUGGAGCCCAUCGAACGAGAGCUUCUCAAAGAGCCCAUGGAAGCUGUGUUGGAGUGUAUCGCUGCAGUUGCUGCCAAUGAAGUAGGAAAAGAGGAUGACGAUGAAGAUGAAGAAACAGAAUCAUCAUCCCCAGAAAAGAAACCUUCGAAGAAACCCGUUAGCAGCAAGAUCGAGAAAGAGAAGAAAACUAAAGAUAAAACUGGGGGAGAUAAAAAGAAGGAAAAGGACAAAGACAAAGAUAAAGGCAAACCUGGAGACAAAACUGGAAGUAAAGGAGUUAAGACUGAGAAACAAGAUUCAAAAGAGAGCAAGUUGGGUGUAGAACAGGAGGAAAAACCUCCAGCGAUACCAAGCGCUUAUGAUGAGGAUCUGAUGCUACGUGCUGCCAUGUACGGAGUGUUGUUCCAGGCUUAUGCUGACAAGGGUGAGUGGGAGCAGGGAUUACGAGCCAUGGAUCAAGCUGUCAAGGACAUGCCGAGAACUUCUCACAGUUCCUUUGGGCAUCUGAUAUUCUGCUGAACAAAACCUCAAAUAUAGAAAACAAGCAAGAUGAUCACAAUGAUGUAAGGAGUGAGAGCGGGAGCGAGAUAGAUGCGUCUAAAUAUGUACCAGGGGAGCACCGCUCAGUCAUAGGUGUGCGCCCCUCAGAAGUAACCGUGCAGGUACAAGACAUCAUUGACAUCAGACAGCUGGAGACGUUGAUGCGUCUUCAUGUUAUGCUGGCCCAAGUCGCUGGAAACUCGUCUCCACACUCUAGGGACUAUGUGCUGUUAGCUUACGCCUUCCUCCACAGGAUAUGGCAGGUUUCAAUCUCUUCAGCUGAGCGAAUACAGAAGGAAGGAGGAAAACCGGGGGAGAUAGCUCAAUCUAAAAAGGGCAAAGACAAAGGGAAGGAAGCUAAAGAGUCUCAAACAAAAGUGGAUAAAUCGACAGUGAAGACAUUAUUUCCAAGCACAAUAGAAGGAUGGGCUACUUUUGAACUUUCGGAAAAGCUUCAGGAAUAUUUCAAGUGUGACAUCACAGGGACAAUGAUUAAUAAAGCAACCUUCUUGAAGCCGAUGCUGAGUCUGUACUACAUGCAAGCGUUGUUCCGUGAUCUACGUGACCUGGGAUAUCACCAGUUAGCGCUACCUGUUGUUGCCAUGCAACAGCUCAUAGCGGACUUGGUAUUUGACAAUAGCCAGUUAAAGAAACUUGUUCAUCUCAGAGCCUUGGAAUUAUGUCAGGAGCUAAACCUACCCUCGGGCGUGGCCUAUCACGAGAAGUGUGCUGGCCGCAUGUUAUUGACAGAGCAAGAGCAAGCCAAAUCCCGAGAGGAAAUCGAGAUGUGGAAAGAAAAACAGCGCCAGGUGAAAGCCGAAGAAGAAAAAUCCAAAAACAACAAAAGUGUCAUGUCUGAAGCUAGGACAUCAAAUCUAGUAAUCAGACCUCAGGCGCCCGGCGCAGCGGAUAUUGUUGAAGAGGAGUCGUGGAACAAACAUAAAUGGGUGAUAAGUGACGUGUGUUAUCGAGAAUUAUGGACUGAGCAGGCUGAAAUACUUAUCCGGCAGGGUCAGUUUCUGCCGGCUCGACAGCUAUUAAGCGAAGCAAAUCUGUCAGCAAGGGCGUUUGACGACAAGCGAACUCUUGCUAACAUUCUGGUGCAAUUAUCGGUUAUGGCUUUAGCAGAGUCAAACUGGGGACAAGCUACUUCACUGUUACUUGAAGCGCAGAAACUUCAUGGAGAUCAAAGAUUUUGGCUGGCGACUACGUUGCUGCUGUGUGAAGCCUCGUUAGCUAAAGUCGACAAGAAUUCCACCAUGUUAAACACGCCAGACCCUCCAGCUAAGGACAGGGCACGCAAUAUUUUGUUACGUGCAAGAAAUGUUUUUCGGGACUUGGCUGAAGACAACCCUAAUAAAGCCAAUAUGGCGGAAUACAUCGAAGCGAUCCUCGCAGCGAGGCUGGGUACUUUACUUUCUGAUCACGCUGUCAAUGAUCCUCAUUUGAGAAAGCAAGAAUAUGCCCGCAAGGAUUUGAUUAUCGCCUGCAAGCAUCUGUCCCGUGCGGCGGAAAAACUUAGCACAUUGGGUCGCAAACGAGAGGCUGUUAAGGUCAUGUUGAAACUUGUAGCCAUCAAGAGAGCCUUUGCUGAAGAUAGUAUUACCCCUGAGGAAAGACAAGACAAUCUUCUCGAGGCUUUCGAUAUCCUGAAAACAGCUGUAAGUCUAUCUAAUGCUGUGUUACAUGAUGUCCAGUCCGUUUCCAGUCUGUCAGAGCUCCGUAACCUAAGCCUGCCUGUUCAGCGAGAGGCGGUAGACGCAAAGCUUGUCAUCUCAAAGCUGAUGGUUGACAUGUUGAAACUGUUUUCAAGUGAAGAUCGAGGAAAACGAGAAUUAGAGACACAGAAGGGGAGCAUCGAGAAGAUGAUAGACGACUACGUUGGUGUGGAGCCCCCGCCAACUGAGAAGCAGAGAAAGUGGCGAGAAGUAACGAGAACUCUCGCCGAGGAUACUUUGAUGCAGCUAUCUAUGGCGCAUGGCCUUACGGGUAACGUGGCAUAUCUCCGGGCUAAGACACUUUACAUACUUGGCUGCUGCCUGGGUGUACUAGCGGCGCACACGGCUCCUGAUUCAGAUACCCAGUGGAAAGAACUAGAGUUAUCACACGAUGAAGAAGAAGAAGAAGACAGAGCAGCCAAGCCUUUAAACCCGACCGUUGAAGAAUCUGCAACGGGUGACCAGGGCACUGGCGAUACGGAAAUAGAGGCUUUUCCGAAUCCAUCAAGAGAGUUUAUUAAACUCACCAAUCAAGCACUUCAGUUAAAUGCUGAAUUUUCAACUUCUAAGAGAUAUCUUAGCCAAGCAGUGGAAUGUCUGUCACAGUGUGUACAGAUGGGACUUAAACACGGCUUCAAAGAUAUUGUUUGUGAGGCAGCUCGUGAACUGGUGGAUUCUAUUGGCGCUCAUGAUCCACUCACCUCCUCGCAAUAUCUGGCACUGUUUCAGAGUUGCCAUGCAUCUCAGGUUCUGGAAGGGGUAUUAAGAAGAGUUCAGCAGGACCCUUCUGUGUCGCGUCAGGCAGCCUUACUACACCAGAGAAAACUACUUACUAACAUGGAGUUCUUGAGUGAUACAUCAUCGAGUAUUUUGGCCUCAAAUUCUAACCAUCUUGCCGACUGUGAGGCUUGGCGGCGGUUAACAAUCACAAGAAGUCACUUAGAACUGACUCGUGAGUUUUCAAGCAUGAAUACUCAGUUUGUCGUGCUCCAGCAUUCUCCCGAUAGAUGUUACCUUUAUGGAGCUGUGUUGGAUAAGGGUCGAUCUCCUAUACCAAGCGGAAAAGCCAACAAGCAGGCAUCAACUCUUCCCGUUCCCUCAAAGGCCAUGAUAACCCGCGCAGCUGUGAGUGCAGUGGAACUGGAGCAACUUAUUGAAGAGUUCAGUCAGUUCAAAUCUGACACUGCUUCCGAGCUCAUGAGACAAACCUAUGUUAGAAACCAACAGGAGCAGAGGAGAAAGAUGUUGGCGAAACUUGAGGACAACAGUCUACAGGUGGAGAGUCAGGAACUGUUGCCGAUUGAUUCUAGUUUUGCUGAAAAAGAAUCUCAGCUUGAGGUAAGUCGUGCCUAUGGUUUCUAUUCAUAUGCAAGCACCUGAUAUUCCCGAAAAUACAGAGAAAGAUAUCACUGGGUUUAGGAACUCUGCAAAAGUUAUCAGGCGCUGUUUGUCUUGGCACUAAACGACCAACCGUGAAAAGAGAGGGGCGUUUCGUCGUUAAAUUGCACGCCGUGGAGCGAGCUGAUGAUUAAUUGGAGACAUUUCGUUGUCAGACAGUCUUGAGAGAUCAUGAUUGGAAACGUUCGUUGACAUCAAGGAAGAUUUACCAUCAAUACAGUAUUUUCCUUUGUGUGGGCCACACUUCCUCUGUCUUGAAACGUAUUGUGAAACCUGCUCUUUCCCGUCUUUGGUUUUUUUAUCUCUAUUUUUCUGUGCAAAUCUCUCUGGUUCUUUUUCGCUGCUUUUGAAAGGCAUGAUGCGUGUUUUGUCCACUUUAUUAGUCAGUGACUUGUCUUUUCAUUUAAAACUGCCUCGCGUUUAAAUCUGUAUUUUCCUUUGUAGUCGCAUUUUAGGGACGUUGUGGCAGCAGUUGAAGCUUACCUAGACCCUAUCUUAACUAAACUACAUCCAGCUUUAAAUCCAGACGCGGUUUCAGAGUCCGUUGUUUUGUUAGCUGAUGAAUGGCUGCUUCAGUUACCUCUGGAGGCU